AUGAAGUUCACUCCCUUAUCUAUCAUAACAGUUGCUAUAUUGCUUGUUUCUUCUCCUGUGUCUUUAGCUAUCCCCGCCGCCAAAAAUACUUUUAAUAAUGUUACCCAACCUUUUUCUAUCCCUCCACUUAUUGCCGAGCGCGUAACAAUGCCAACCAUUCUCCCUGCAGUCAACCUAUUCGCCGAAAAGAUGGCUUUGAUAGCCAAUGGACUGCUCCCAGAAAAUGUUGCACAGAUACAUGGAUUGGGACUCAAUUCUUCCCUUUUUGAUUUUGAUGCUGCCCACAGCGGAAUUUCACGCAGAGCAAACGUGUAUGCUACCGCUGCCAAGAUUGAUGAAUUGACAAAAUAUGCACAGUUUUCUGCCAAUUCUUACUGCCCUAGUGUCCAGGCUAGCAAUUGGACAUGUACGUAUUGCUAUAAAGAUGAUAUUCUAGUCUCUGUAUUCAAGUCGAGCAAAUACGAUAUCAAUGGCUAUAUUUCACGCAACGAUAAGACCAAGGUUAUCACCCUUGUGUUUAGAGGCUCAAUCACAAAGCCCAACUUUAUUGCUGAUAUUAAGCUGAUUCAGCAGGACUACCCUCCUGUCCCUGGCACUAAGGUCCACACCGGUUUUUAUGAGGCAUACAUGGAUGCCCAGAAGGAAAUUCUCAAAGCCAUGACUGAACAGAUAACGAAGUACCCUGACUACAAAACUGUUGUCAUUGGACACUCUCUUGGUGCGGGUAUUGCGGUACUUGCCGGAUUAGAUUUGUUCCAACGCGACUCUCGCUUCAAUGCUAAAAACCUUUCUAUUAUAACUCUUGGUGGUCCUCGUGUUGGAAAUCCUUACUUUGCCUACUAUGCCACUGGAACUGGAAUUCCCCUUGAACGCAUUGUAAACAAGCGUGAUGUUAUUGCUCAUAUGCCUUCUCAGGCACUUAAUUACUUGCACUUUGGCACUGAAUACUGGAAUAAAUCGGACAACAGAAUCAAAAUUUGUGAUGAUGCGCUUGAUUCUCCAGAUUGCUCCAACUCCAUUGUCCCAUUCACUAGCUUUAGAGACCACUUUACGUAA